UGGCAGUCUUCAGAAUGCGCUUAUCACUGUAUUAAUUCAACAAAAAUUAUAGCGGAACCAUGCGAUCCUACGAUCAAUCGUCCUAUUUAUUUUGAGAGCGUCCUGUUGAUACUGCUGUCGGUUUGUGUAUUCAAUUCGUUUCUUGCCCUGGAAAAAAUACUACUCUCGUUGAUGCUGUGCUUAGUUGCAUUGAUAAUGCUCUGGAUCACAGCGUUCCCAGGUUAUACCAGUCAACCGGUUGGAUACUGGGACGUUCGGAAUGUGCCUGAUGAGAACGUACCAUUUGUUGAUCGAAUGGAAAUGCUCUGCAGUGAUUUGCGAAUUUUUUUCACGUUUGUGAUCCUAUUCGCAUUUGUUCUGACAGUAAUCCAGAGCCGCAGAUCGGAGCUUAUUGCACGUUUCGAUUUCAUCUGGAAGCUCCAGGCACUGGAUGAGGGCCGUGAAAUGGAGAAAAAGCAUUCACAAAAUCGAGCCGUCCUCGAGAAUAUCCUGCCAGCGCAUGUUGCUGAACAUUUCCUCAAAGAGAAUCCUCUUCAAAGGACAGAACUGUAUUCGGAAGGUCGAGAUAAUGCAGCCAUAGUGUUCAUUACAAUAACCGAUUUUGACAAGUUCUAUAUGGAACUUGAUGCGAACAAUGAAGGCCAGCUAAGUCGCGAAGAAUUCAAAUGUAUCGAAAAGAUCAAGACGAUCUCGACUACAUAUAUGGCUGCAUCGGGUCUGUUCGGUGAGGUAACCGAUAACUCGCAUGUUGUGGCGGUAACUCGCUUUGCUAUUCGACUUCUCGCACUCAUACAGUACAUCAACGAACAUUCAUUCAACAGUUUCAAUCUCAGGAUAGGUAUAAACGUUGGCCCGGUAGUAGCGGGAGUAAUUGGCGUCAAGAAACCGCAUUACGAUAUCUGGGGUAACUCGGUGAACGUUGCAAGCAGGAUGGACAGUUCUGGCGUCGCCGGCAGAAUACAGGUACUAAUCACUGACAAUUUGUUACUUUUUUGUCUUAGAAGUUUUAAAAAAACUGUUAUUUCACUGCUGCUUCAAGAAGUUAUUUCUUUGGUAUGUAUUUCUUAUAAAUAA